GAGGCGAGGCCAGCGAGACGAGGAGGAGCUAGGAAGGGCGUCCGGGAGGGAGCGCGGGCUGAGCGUCGAGAGGAAGACGAAGACGAAGAGAGAGGUUCGGGUGCGCGAGCAGAAGCGAAGGUCGAGUGCGAACGAUCGAUCGAGUGGCCGAUUUUGGGGAGGAGAAGUGAGCCAUCGGUCUCGUGUGCAGUGUGGCAGUGGGCGUCCUCGAUGUGUUUGUUUUUCGAGGUGUUCCUGCGCUGGGCUCUGCGGUUGGAUUGUUUCAGGUCGACUGUCUUGGAAAUGUUCGUGCGGUGGAAAACGUUUCCGAAAGUUCUGGCUCCGCUUCGAUAUACCGCAGUGCCGCUCGCCCGAGCCAGUCUAGGGUAGCGGUGGUGUGGGGGUUUAUCGGUCUUGGUGGUACUUCUGUGAGGAAGAUUUUUCUGAGUGAUAUUCAGGUUGCGGCCGGAUACAGAGGAGGAGGAGGGGGGCCGCGAUGAGUACAACUGUGGAGGAAGAAGAGCCCAAGGAUGCGAAGCACGUGAAAUCGAUUUUGGGCCUGAUGGGCGUUCAGAAAUAUGAGCCGCGAGUGGUAAAUCAGUUUAUGGACUUGUGGUAUAGAUAUGUCGUCGACGUUCUGGGAGACGCUCAGAUGUACUCCGAGCAUGCGGGCAAACAGGCCAUCGAUUGCGAGGAUGUUAAGCUUGCCAUUCAGUCGCGUGUCAACUUUUCUUUCACGCAGCCACCCUCGCGCGAGACUUUGUUGGAGUUGGCCAAACUGCGGAACAGCACGCCGUUACCAAAGAUUAUUGGUGGACCUGGAGUGGCGCUGCCACCAGAGCAAGAUGUUCUGAUUGCCCCCACUUAUCAGCUGGACAUUCCGACGCGAUCCUUCCCCUUUAUGGAUGACGAUAUGGACGUAGACGACGAAGAGGGGAGCAAGCCCGACUCGGAUAAGGAAAUGACCGGUUCUCAGCCAACUCAUAUUCAAAAGUCUGACCAAGAUGGUCGAAAAGUUUCAUUUUCCAUUGGUGCAAAGCGGCCAAGGAGUUAAUGUCUCUGCAUCAAAGAACAGAAAGGGAUCGUUGACAUGGUGGAGAGAUUUUUUUUUGGUUCUCUCUCGGUAUCAGCUUUCGCUUGCACGGGCACGCCUGUCCGGUGUCGACUCCCGAUGGAUAGUGUCGUGCCGAAUUUUGUAUAGUAUUCUUGUCUGAUCAUUGUAGUAUAUGGUAAUGAUCUGGCAGUCGGUCAAUCAAAGAAAGGUUGCAGGGGGCUUGUAUCGGAACCGUGUAUGAUUUUUGCAAUGGAGUAGUGUCUGGAACAAGACCAGGAUCAAUGAUGGAAACCGGAGAGACAGAGGGUCUGUGCAUACAAUGGUUUCACGUGGGUGAGCUACUUUGACAGUAUUGGAAUUUGUGGACCAUCAGAGGAGGAAGGGACUAAAGAAGAAGACGGAAGCUCGUGAUCUCGCAAGAUUACUACUGCCUUGAAGCACCAGAUAUUUGCGAACAGUUUAAAGACCUUGGCUUCACUAGGUGAUCAUGGCUUCAGUAGAUUAUCAUGUCGGGUUACAGAAUAUUGUUUGGUAUAGCAGGGAUGAGCUUCCAGUGCAUUUUAAUGGAGAUUGGAUUUCAGGGGCAAAGCCUAAGCUUUGUAAAGUUUCACGAGCCCACUCGCUUCGAGCAUUGUGAAUGAUUUUUCCAGCCCCGGAAGCUCAAAAUAUCUGUCAGAAUUUAUUUCGUUCUUGGAACACUUGCAGAAAUACAUGAAUCAAAAGUGCAAAAUAUUCACUCGCA